AUGGCUACAGACAAUGUCUACGUUCUCUUCUACUUAUUGGCCUUCCUAUGCAUUCAACCCAACGUCUGCGACGGAGCUCUAACCUCAGGCUGCAUCCCUGCCGAAAGAAGUGCUCUACUUGAGUUCAAACGAGGCCUGAAAGAUCCUACCAACAGGCUGUCCUCUUGGGUGGGUGAAGACUGCUGCAAAUGGGAGGGUGUGACGUGCAGCAAUCAUACUGGGCAUGUCGUCAAGCUGGACCUCCACAAUCCGCAUCCUUUCUCUGAUUUUGGUGACGAGCCAUACAACAACUGGACCUUAGGAGGUGAGUUGCGGCCUUCUUUACUUGGUCUGAAGCACCUAAAGUACCUGGACCUAAGCAUGAACGAUUUUGGAGGCAUUAAUAUUCCAGAAUUCAUGGGGUCAUUCCAUCGACUCCAAUAUCUUAACCUCUCCCGUGCUGGAUUGGGUGGACUCCUGCCGCACCAGCUGGGAAAUCUCUCCAAUCUGCAGUAUCUAGACUUAUCCAAUGACAGUUUUGUGGCUCCGAUCCAUCAAUUUAGCAUUGGUGAUGCACUCUGGAUUUCUCACCUUUCUUCUCUAAAGCAUCUCAACCUGAAUAACGUUAAGUUUCAAAAUGGUACUCACUGGCUGGAAGCUCUGAACAUGCUUCCUUCUAUCGUGGAGAUAUACUUAUCUGACUGUGAAAUUCCAAGUGUUCCCCUCUCUCUUCCACUUGUGAACUUUAUCUGUUCUUGA